UAAAUUAUAUUAGAAACUUAGAAAUUUAACGAAAAUAUUUUUAUAGAAAAAUGUCUGUACCGGAUUGGCUUACAGAGGCGUAUAUGACACAGGCUUUGCGUACUCACCAUAAGGAUGAAAACUUGAGAAUAAUAGAACUACAACUGCAUAUAGCCAUGGGAAAAGGUGAAAAUUUUGGCGGCAUAUUGACACGUGCAAAGGUUAAGUAUCAACUGAGCCAUGGGCAGAAAAUACUCGAAAAGUCACUAAUGAUUAAAACUUCUUAUGAAGAUAAUGAAUUUGCUUUAAAGCUAAUGCAACCCUACGAUAUCUUCAAUCGUGAAAUGUGCAUCUAUGAAAAUGUAUUGCCUAAGCUAACAAAGCUUUUACGUGGUAUAAAUGACAGCGACGAUUUAUUUGCUAAUGCCCUACAUGUAGAUUAUGUGCGCCAGGCCAUUAUUUUCGAGGAUCUCAGCGCAAGAGGGUAUAUCAUGGCGGACCGUGUUACAAGGCUUGACUUACCACACGUUGAGUUGGUGCUGCGCAAAUUGGCUAAAAUGCACGCCACAUCUGCUGUGCUCAACGAACGGGAAUCCGGUUCUUUAGAAACCUAUGAUCGUGGUUUCUUUAAUCGGUACACUAAUAAUUACAGUCCAUAUUUUGUUGGUGGUUUAAUAGCUUGCGGGGAACACGUCAGCAAGUGGCCUGAAUAUGCUAAAUAUGGUGAAAAACUGUUAGCUCUUGCUCCUCAUUAUAUGGAAAUUGGUAAAUGUUGUUUUGCUCCAACUCCUUCGCAUAUUAACGUUUUAACUCAUGGUGAUGUUUGGACUACAAAUAUUAUGUUUAAAUAUGAUGUUGACACAAAAACUCCUAUUGAUGUGUUACUAAUUGAUUUCCAAUAUGCAUUCUGGGGAUCUCCCACUUUGGACUUACAUCACUUCUUCAACACUUCACUAAAGGAGCCAUUACGUUGUAAUGAACAAGAUUAUUUAUUUAUGUUUUAUCAUAAAAUCUUCAUAGAAACUUUAAGAAAAUUAAGUUACCAGCGACAUGCUUUACCCAGUUUAAAACUAUUCCGACAACAAGCUGAGGAAAAACGAUUUUUUGCUUUACACUCAACUUGUGUUGUUCAACCAGUUAUGAUCAAUGAGGACACCAAGGAUGCAGAUUUCAAUGCACUAAUGGGUGAAGACGAACGAGCUGUAAACUUUAAGAAGAGACUCUAUAAUAAUAAAAUAGUGCAACAGAAUCUCAAAAAUUUACUACCCAUAUACGAUCGCCGAGGUCUGUUAGAAAUAAAUCAGUGUAAUUCAAAGCCAAAAACCGUGUAUUCAAAUGACGUCAAUAUGGAAGAUUGCAAGUUAAUACCAACUUGGUUGACCAAUGCCUACUUCCAGAAUGUGUUGCGAAAUUACAAAAAAGAUACAUCUUUGACUGUCACAAAAAUGGAAUCAAGUGUAGCAACAGGGAAAGGGGAAAAUUUCAUAAGUGUGAUUAUACGUGUUAUUGUGGAGUAUAAAUCAAAUAAUAAAGCCUCAAAAAGCGAACCCUUUAUUGUGAAAUCCAAGUUAGAACACGAUGUCGCCGUAACACUAAUAUUGGAACCAUAUCAAGCUGAAGCAACGGAAAUGCUGAUGUAUGAUAAAAUAUUGCCAAUACUUAAUGAAUUAAUAAAAUUGAUUGAUGAGCAAGAGAAACUUUUUCCAACAGCCAUUUUCGUGGACUAUGAACAUAGGGCCAUAAUAUUCGAAGACCUCGCAGAAUUGGGUUAUACUUCAGCAGCACGUUUGAAUGGCAUUGAUGAGGAAGUAGCGAAAUUGUGUCUGGAGAAUAUGGCUAAGAUACAUGCUACUGGUUUGGUAUUCAAUACCAUGCAUCCGGGUCUUUUACAACAGUUGCAUCAUGGUGUUUUUAAUCGCCACACUAGAGGAUUUGCAGCAUAUUUCGAAACUAUUAUGGAAGUUUGUGCAAACUUUGCUGGAGAUUGUGUUGAUUUAGGAAUUUAUUAUAAGGAAAAACUAUUAAAAUUAAAAGAUAAUAUGAUGGAGUGUGGAGCUAGAGUUUUUGAUGUGAAACCAGACUUCUUUAAUACACUAUGUCAUGGUGAUUUCUGGGCUAAUAAUUUAAUGGUUACCUAUACAGAAGAAGCAAAUAUAUCAAAAAUAAAAAAUGUUUUGGCUUUGGAUUUUCAAUUUAGUGUUUGGGGUAGUCCAGCAGUGGAUUUACAUUUAUUUUUUAACACAUCAUUGAGACAUGAAUUACGUCUUCAUAAACAGAAAAUAUUAGUCGAAUAUUACUAUGGGAUUUUGACAAGAACUCUGCAAAAAUUAAACUACACAGGCGAUGUGCCAACACUAAAAGAUUUAUGGGUGCAGUUAGAGGCUAAACGUUUUUAUGCGGUUACUGCGUCACUUAUAGUACAACCAGUAUUACUAAAUGAGAAUAAUGAAGACGCCGAUUUUAAUGCUUUAGUAUCUGAUGAUGAAAGAGGUCGGAGACUUCGUAGCAUAUUGUAUACUAAUAAAAAGGUACAGGAAUAUGCUAAAAUACUCAUACCUUUUUUUGACCAGAAGGGACUUUUAGAUGGAAUAGUAUAAAUUGAUCAAUUAUAAUUUUUAUUAGGCAACCCUGAUCUUAUGACUGGGAUGCAAAUAAAAAAUUAA